CAGUGUCAGCCCUUGACAUCUGAACUGAACACUGACGGGAGCUGUCAGUAGAGGGAGCGGAUUGAUGUUGUGUACGUGAUUCGGUGAGGUUAGUUGAAAAGUGGAAAUCGCACUUUAGGAGCAUUGUGAACAAUGGCAAACGGAAUAUGUCCAACUUUGGCACUUCGCUCCUCAACCGGAGUUGAAGUAUGGAAACCGGAAGGAUUCAAAGCGCCGUACGUUCCGGACUCCGGAUUUGCUCGAGAUGAGAGCAAACUGUGUCGUGCUAUUGUUUAUAGCCCUAAUGGUCGAUUUCUGGCGUGGGCAAACGGAACUACGGUACAAAUCUGUACGGUUCCGGACUGGAAAAUUGUGCACAAACUUCCGCGGCCAAAAGCAUUCUACCUCAAGUUUUCGCCCGGUAGCACGUAUCUGAUGACGUGGGAAAUCUACACGGAGAACCCGAAGGACGAGGUUAAGGAAAAGCCCAAUUUGUUCCUGUAUGAUGUGGCCAGCGGGAAGGAAGUGUUUUCAAUCAUCCAGAAGCGCCAUGCCGACUGGGAGAUGCAUUGGGCCGCUGACGAGAGCCUGGCUGCCCUGAUGGUUGGCGGAGAGGUCCUCUUCUACGAGGUGAAGCCAAACGAAGCCUUCCCGUCGAAGCCAACAAAACGCCUGGGUGGGGCGAGAAAUGGUGGCGUCUCGGUGUCUCCUGGCCAAAGUCCACCCUACGUAGCGUUCUAUGUGCCAGGUACCAAAGGAGCUCCGUCAAUGUGUCGCCUUUUCCGCUACCCGAACCUGGAGGCUAACCAACCGAUUGCAUCCAAGAGCUUUUUCCAGGCCGACAAAGUCGAAAUGCUGUGGAACAAGAAGGGAACCGGCGUGCUGCUUCUGACCAGCACAGAUGUCGAUCAAACCGGUCAGUCCUACUACGGAAAGCAGGCCCUUCACUUCAUGACCGUGAAGGGUGACUCGUUUGCCGUUCAGCUCAACACUGAAGGAUCGCUACAUGCCGUUGCCUGGAGCCCACGUUCAACUGAAUUCUGCGUUGUAUAUGGAUUUAUGCCGGCCAAAGCAACGUUGUACAACUUGAAGUGCGACGUUGUCUUCGAGUUCGGAACCGGAAACAGAAAUUCCAUCUAUUACAACGAAUUCGGUAAUUUGCUUAUCUUUGGUGGCUUCGGAAACUUGCCUGGUUAUGUCGAAGUCUGGGACCUGAACCGAAAGAAGCAGAUUACCGAACUUAGAGCUCCGGAUACCACACUCCUUGAAUGGAGCCCAGUUGGGGAUGUCUUCUUGACGGCAACUACUGCCCCUAGGCUGAGAAUGUCGAACGGUUUCAAAAUAUGGCAUCACACUGGAGCCUUGUUGCACGAGACUCAUUGGCCUGAAAAGCAGGAAUUGCUGGAAGUUAUUUGGCAAAAGUAUGCCCCGGGAGUUUUGAAGGAAAAUACGAUAACCAAUGAAAAAGUCGAAGGAAUUGCAUCGAAAACACCGCAAGAAAGUAAGCAAAAGUAUGUUCCUCCUGGAAUGAGGAACAGCAUAAGCGGUGGUAGUGGAGAAACAGCCAACCAUGCUGCUUCGGCUAGAGCUCCGAUUCCGGGUCUUCCGCCUGGUUAUCGUUCAUCUGUCCAGCAGGCCAAGGACAAGAAACAAAAGAACAAAAACAAGCCCAAAGCAAGCGAAGGCCAAGGUAACCAGAACAACAAACCCACCAAUGGAACGCCAAAUAAUCGUGCCACAUCCGCUGGAGCCGGAAAUUCCGCCGGAGGAAAUCAGGAGAAAAAGUCCCGCCCAAAAACGGCUCCCAAUCCGAAUCCGUUAGCUCAGGAAGAGAACGCAACUCCACCAGCUGCACCGAAACCCACUCAAAAAGGAAGUGGCGAUCCGGAGAAAGACAAAAAGAUCAAAAACAUUAACAAAAAACUGAAGGAUAUCAAGCUGCUGAAGGAGAAGAACGAGCGCGGGGAAAAACUUGAACAGACUCAAAUCAUCAAGAUGAAUUCCGAAGCAGAACUUAUUAAGGAACUGAAAGCUUUGAAAACGUCGUAAAUUUUAGAUUUCUUUUCUUGCAAUGCUAGCUCACUGCUCUUCAAAACAAAAAUGAUGACUCUUUUACGUUCAGUUCUUCAUUAGAUGUUUGAAUAUGCACAGACCAAGACAUAUUUUGACAAACAUCCGCUAUUUCUGUCUCAGGUUUGAAUGAUGGAAUCCGUAACCAAACUACUUAGUUGCAUUUUGUAAAAACAUAAGGAAAUGAGUCUCUGUUCAACCGAUAUUUUCGAGCAUCAUACUUCGAGUUGGUAAUUUAGCAUGAGAAGUGCUGUGUGUACUACUACCGAACAGCUACAAUUGUAAACGAAAGACUUACUCAGAUAAAGCGUACAGCGACAAAAUUACAAAAAUAGCAAAAAAUAUAUUAUGUAGUAUCAUCAGCAAGAUAAUCGGAAAUUUUACCAAUAAAAUUAUUUCAGCGCGACAAAAUA